AAAAGGUUCCCUUAAUUAAGAAAAAGGAGAGAUGGUAAAGCUUUUCAGGUACCCUGCAAAAAAAAUUUUUGGUUUAAUAGGUGAGAAAAGAUCCGGGUAACUGAAUAUUUCAAAUAUAGAAAGAAAUACAUGAUCGAAGUUAAUUAUUACUAUGCUUGACUUUUGUCCUUAGCUUUAAUACAGUACAACAUCUCUUUCAAUAACAUAAUAUAACGUAAUAUUACUAUUGCUAGGAAAGAGAUGUCGGACUUAUCAGCUCAAUUAUCUGCAUUCAAAAAUAAGCUCAAAAAUGGUCCAUCUGUAAUUGCAGCUAGAAGACCUAUUGGUAUUAAGUCCAAUAAUAAUAAUAAUUCAACUCCACCUACUCCAAGAAGUACUAAUCUUAGUAAUUCUACUAGUAGUAUAUCAUCACCUUCUUCUAGGAAUGGGAAUGGAAGUGGUACCAAAAGAUCAAAUGAAUCGGUAACUGAUAUCCUUAAACGUCAAAAAUUAAGUAAUGAUGGGAAUCUUUUAUCUGGUUCACAUUUGGCUACUUAUUUAUUAUUGGCUACUGAAUAUAUUAAACAAUAUGAUCAUCCUAUUCCAGUUUCAAAACUACUGGAUUAUUUGUCCUUUGAUGUUCAUCUUACAUUAAUGCCUUUAUUUAAAGAAAUUGAUAGAAUUAAUUAUGAUCCUGAAGCUGAUACAAUUCAAUAUGUUUCUUUACAUAAUAUUAGAUCACCAGAAGAUUUAUUAAAUUUCUUAAGAGGUCAAAUCACUUUUAAAGGUACUCCAGUAAAAGAUUUAAAAGACGGUUGGGCAGGAUGUAUAGCUGCUAUUAAUUCAUUAGAAGAAGAAAAUAAAAUACUUGUAUUAAGAAAUAAAAAGGAAAAUGCUCCAAGAAUGAUAUGGAUAAAUGAAGGACCUAAAUUAGGUUCAAUAGAUGAUGAAUAUAAAGUAAUGUGGAAUGAUGUUAAAUUACCUGAUCCAGAUAAUUUAUAUCAAUCUUUAAUAGAUCAAGGUUUAAAACCAACUGGAGCAGAUCCAAAUUUAAUAAAGAAGAAGCCUCAACAACAAGAAAAGAAACAGAAGAAAGCCAGAAGAGGGAAGAUAACCAAUACACAUAUGAAGGGAAUAUUAAAGGAUUACUCACAAUUAGUUUGAUUUUGAUUUGAAUUUUUAUUAUUUUGAAUUUUGUUAUUCAAAUCCGUUCACUUAAUGCAUAGAUGAUUUUCAAGUUUUGUAUACGUUGUAGGAUUAUUGUAGAUGCUAUCUCUACUUAUAAGAGUAUAUUAUGGAAUGAGUGGCGUAAUUUUCUUACCAGUAUCGCAUUUUUAAUUUUUUUUCGCUUUCAGAAAAGACCCAGAUAGAGAGACAAUAUAACGUACA